AUGGGAUUUGCAGAUAGAAAAGAAUGUCCACAACUCUGCAAGUUGGCUUCUGAUUAUAUCAAAAAAUCAGAAGGGUGUGAGGACGAUAUAUAUGCUUUCUUUGCCAAUGAACUGGACGUGGAUUCGCUGUAUAUAAAGCUAGUGGAAGAGCUUGAAAGAUGCAUACUUAGUUAUUUUGCAUUUCAUUGGAGCCAUGCUCCUAAUAUGAUCAGUCAGGUUUUAGGUACAGAUUCUGAGCCCAGAAAAAAGCUCAAACAAAUCGUCAUGGCAGCGACUAGGGAACAGAGAUUUCAAAGGGUGACAAAGAAUCUGAAGGUGGCAAGGGUUUUUACCACACUAGUGGAGGAGAUGAAAGCAAUCGGACUUGUAUCGACCGAUGAUUCACAAUGCACGGAUGUCAUGGUUCCAAUGGCGCAUAAAGAUAGAAGCCCUGUCCUCCUCCUCAUGGGUGGUGGAAUGGGAGCUGGGAAGAGCACUGUGCUUAAGGACAUUCUCAAAGAACCAUUCUGGGCAGGAGCAGCAGGGAAUGCUGUUGUGGUAGAAGCAGAUGCCUUCAAAGAGUCCGAUGUCAUUUACAAAGCCCUAAGCUCUAGGGGCCACCACGACAUGCUUCAAACGGCAGAACUGGUGCAUCAAUCAUCUACAGAUGCAGCAUCAUCCCUCCUGGUAACAGCACUCAAUGAAGGGCGAGAUGUGAUCAUGGAUGGCACACUCUCCUGGGUUCCCUUUGUGAUGCAGACAAUAACCAUGGCCAGGAAUGUCCACCGCCGUCGUUACCGCAUGGGAGCAGCUGUUAUUAGAGGCAUAAGGAGAGCUAUCAUGUGUAGAAGAGCUGUGAGGGUGAAAUCACAGUUGAAAUCACACAAGAGAUUUGCAAACGCAUUUACAACAUAUUGCCAACAAGUAGACAAUGCCAGGCUAUAUUGCACCAAUGCUUUGGAAGGCCCACCUAAGUUGAUAGGGUGGAAGGACAAAGACAAGACUUUGUUGGUUGAUCCAGAUGAGAUAAAUUGUUUGAAAAUGGUAGGUGAGUUGUACGAGGAAGCAGACUCCAUAUGGGAACUUUACAACCGCCCGAACCCAGCUCAUGAGGCGGGGUCAGUGUGGAAAGAUAUUGUUCUGUCGCCUUCAAGGUUGAACAUUCAAAAGGAGCUCAAGUAUGCAAUCCAAAAAAUUGAAAAGGAUAAUACUAUUGCAGGAUCAGUGCAAUUUCAAACUGCUUCUGAUGCAUGUCUCAAGUGA